GCCAGUUGCUUCCUAGCGGUUGCGCCGACUGGACACGCCGUGCGAUCGCCAAACCGUUGCCGAUCCAUUAGGUCUCGUGCUGCACCAGUCGAUUAGCGUGAAUUUGCCAAGGUCUCGAGGUGACCCGCACCUCCUUCUGCAGGGGUGCAGAGCCACAGGUCAGAAACGGCGUUAGCCGAAGCCAUGCACGAUGCCAUCUGCGUCGAUUUACGGUGCAUCGGUUAUACCACUUGUGCAGUAGAGAGUUGAAUUGUAACACUUGCUCGGAAUUACCUGUACUGUUUGUGAAUAUAGACGGGCUCGGAGGUUCGGACCAAAUGAAAUUUGAACAAUAAGAGGAGCGGGGUAAAAUCACUGUGUUCCCAUAAGUGAAAGCCCCAUUGCAAGUAGAAGGAAGAGGAGGAGAAUCGCGGUUAUUGUCAACUGGCUGCAGACCCGUCAGCUAUCAAGAGAUCCAGGAUAACACCGGAGGCGGCGGAGCCCGAGGGGAGUGAGGAGGGCGGAAGGAGGCGGGUAACACCCCACCGGGUCACGAUGAUCCCUCGAAGACGACCAUCCGCGUGUGUCCUGCCCUUCUUCAAUCUACUUCUUCUCGUCAACGCAUCCGUAUCUAUUCCCACCGCUAAGGAGGAUUGCAAACGGAGAGUGGCUGAAUGCACGAUGAGCGAACGAGCCGGUGUCGCAGUCUGCGGUAGUGACGGUGUGACUUAUCCAGAUCAGUGUAAAUUCAUUUCGAAGCAGUGCGAGGGAGCAUCUCUACUCAUUAAACACUCGGGACCCUGCAAUCCAGAGACGCAGCCCUGCUUCGCGGCGCGGAUUUCGGCGCGGCCCGGGGCUCGGCCACAGUGCCGUCCCGACGGGACUUAUGCCCCGGUCCAGUGUCACGAAGAAACCGGCUAUUGCUGGUGCGUCACCGCCCAAGGUCGGCCGAUUCCAGACACCUCCGUCAAGUACGAUCGGCCCCGCUGUCCAAGGGCCGGAUCGGCGUCGACCCGCUCGGCGCAGCGUCGACGCUCUCCAGCCGCCUCGAAGACGCACAGGCAGUUCAAUAACAGGCAUCGGAACACCUGCGACAGGUCGGAGAAACUCAAGUUCAACAACAACCUGAUCGACAAUUUUAAAAUCGAGUACAGGAGAACGAACAUUUCGGCGGACGGUGACAAAAACGUGGAGCGAGUAUUGUCCUGGAAGUUUAUGACGCUCGAUAAGAACGCCGACGGUUUCUUAGACCGAGACGAGUAUCGGGAACUGCGACGGCUCGCGAGGAAGGCGGUUCGCCCGAGAAAAUGCGCCAGGACCUUUGCAAGGACUUGCGAUUUGAACCGGGACGUGAAGCUCUCUCGGCAGGAAUGGAGCGCCUGCUUGGCUCUCGACUUUACAAUACGUUUGUUCUUGUCGCUGAACCCAGGCGCAGAUGAGCGCGCCGAGGUCCCUGAGGCCCAGAGGACUCGCGCUACUGAUCAAGCUUUAAUGGGCAAUCCAGGAACCAAUCGACCCAUAUUUACUGACGAAACUGUCGAUCCGACAGACGAAACGGAAGUGAACGAUUGCAUCUCCGAUAGAAAUUCAGUACUGGAAGAUCAGAAGCAGAUCGCAGAAUCAAAGUUCUACGUCCCGCAGUGUACGCCCGACGGACGAUACAGUAAAGUGCAAUGUUACUCUGGUUACUGCUGGUGCGUAUAUCAAGACACGGGUAAACCGAUUCCUGGCACGUCCGUUAAAGAUGCAAGUCCGAACUGCAAUCCGGUGCCGGAACCGAACAGGCCAAUGAAAGGAUGUCCUGAAGUGAAGAAGCAAGCAUUUCUCCGAGAUCUGAUGGACUUGAUGCAGAAGAAAAUGAAAGCUUCGAGCACCGAGUCAGACGAGACGACUCUGAAGUGGCAGACGUCGAACGAAGAGCGUGUUGCGACUUGGCACUUCGUUAUGCUGGACAGAAACAAGAAUAAGGUACUGGAGAGAAAAGAGUGGAAAAGCUUCCGUACAAUGGUCGCGAACAACAAGCAAUUACGAAGAUGUGGCAAGAAGCUACCAAGGUAUUGCGACGUGAAUAACGACAGGAAAAUCAGCAUGACGGAGUGGUUGAACUGUCUUAACGCCCUACGAGUUAUGCCAGCAGACAGUCCGGCGAAUACGCAUACGGAAAGACCGAUGAGAAAGGGUCCGAAUCCGCUCGACAAGAUCUUGAUCGCCGAUUAGAGGAAAGAGCUUGUGUUACUGAAUGUUAAACACCUCGUCACGCGUCGCUUUAUAGAAAUCUCCAGUUUCGAUUUUGAUUUUCGUUUUUUGUUUUUUUUCCUUUCUUUUUAAUGCCAUGUUUUUUGUUUGUGUGGGUGCAUAUCAUAAUAUAUAUGAUUGUAAGGUAUGCGGGAUUAAUAAUCCGUACACCGAUAAAUAUUGUGCACUCCACGAUUGAAAUUAUUUUUAUUUUUAUAUUAUAUAUAUAUAUGAAGAUCUAUACGCAUAUACAUAUAUCCAGUGAUGCAUAAUGAGUUUAGCUUAUAAUACGUGUAUUAAACGUACAGGUAUAUACAUAUGUGUGUAUGGUUUAUUCUCAUACUUAUACAUUAUAUUAUAUAUUGUAAUAUUUAUCAAUAGCUGAAACGAGAUGGAGAUUUUUUUUUGUAAUUUUUUUUAUCUUCAUUUUCAUCGAUUUUUCUUCUUCAAAUUUUGACCAAGCAUGAAGCCUGUAGAAUAUAAUAGUAAUACGGUAUAAAAGUAUUAAAGAGUAUAAAGAGA